AUGGCGGCUGCUCUGUGGCGAGGGGAGACAGGCCCCGCCUGGCAGCUGCUCCGGCAAGUUGCCGCCCGGCCGAACAAGGACUGGCUGCCAAAGCUCGCAGCCUUACCGGAGGCAGCCGAGACCACCGGGGAGCUGGCGGCAGCGGAUGCGCUUCGGAAGCACCUGCAGCCUAGCGCAGGAAUACCAGACCCCCUUCGCACGCGGCUGCGGGAUGCUGGCGUGGCGGGCCUGGCCUCGGCCACGCAGGCUUACGCUCUCCUCCGUGUCCGUGAUGGUCCCGUUUUGGCAGAGCUCUGCGACCGAACUAAGCAGUUGGCGGAGAACGGCGCGUUUCUCGACGAGGCGACAGCAGCUGCACAUCUCCUCGACAGCCUGGGCAAGCUGGCUUCGCGGGGUGAGGCGGGCCGGCAACGCAGACGCAGCAAGGAGGCGGCUUCCUGUUCGGAGACCUGGCGCGCGGCGGGGCGGGCCGCCGCGCCCGCCUUUGCGUCAGCGGCGUUGGGUCUCGGACUCAUCGACCUUGCUCAGGGGCUGGGUGGCCUAGCCCGGCUGAGCAGCCCUGAGGUCCCACCGACGUUGCGGCAGCACAUCCUGCAGAGCCUCUCCCAGCGGGGCUCUCCGCAGAGCGCGCUGGGCCCCGACCCACGCCACGUGGCCUCCCUGGUGUCAGCCUACGCAGCCCUCGCGCGGCUGGGCCGCCGCGAUGAAGCCGUGCUGGAAGCAGCGGGGAGUGCGCUGGAGCGAUGUUUCCACCAGGGCCGCCAUCUUCCCGUCGGCUACCUCCUCCCGCUGGUCAAGACCUUGGCGCGAGAACUCCGUCCAGCGCCAGCCGGCUUCGCGCGGGCGUUGGAGGUCUCUCUUCCAAGCAUCGCAGGGGAGCUGACCCCUGAGCAGCUGGAAGCUGUCUUGCAGUCGCUGGCGUUCAUUCCGGGGGUUCGCUCCCCUGGCUUGGGACGACUCUUCGACGCGUCGCUCGCCAAGCUCCAAGUGCUGCGACCAGCUGCAGUGGUGGGUGCAAUUCGCUCUGCUUGGGUCGUUGGCUACACAGACUCCGGCUUUUGGUCCCCCGCACUGCGGGAGCUGGAGCGGCGGGCCCGCGGACGGGAUGAGGCCUGGAAUCCGGACGACAUUGCCAGCGCAGCCCUCCUCUCUGCAAGGGUGCUGGCCAAGCUCCAGGCGUCCAAGAGCGCAGAUCCCUCCCCCUUGGCGGCCCCUGCCGCAUCACUGCUGUCCUCGGUGAGCAACCUGGCGCUGCAGAGGGUCACCGAGUUUGGCCCGCGGGAGCUGGGGGUGCUUGCCACAGCCCUCGUGAAGGCCGAGCAAGACACGGGCCGGCUUUUUGCAGCCAUGUCGCACCAAGCGCAGCAGCUGAUAACACAGGGAUCCGACUUCAACCACCUGGAUCUUUGCCAGCUAUUGGCCUCAUUGGCUCACUUCGGAUUUCGUGACGAGAUGCUCCUGAAAGCCUUGAUGUCGAAGGUCGAGCCCCGAUUCCACGCCUACGACGCGAAGUCGCGAGACAUCGCGCCCCCGGCGCAAGAAGUCUCCGGCCUCCGGUACUUUGCAGCGGACAUUAUUAUUGUCCGCGGAAGGGGUGAAGAGGUGAACAAGAUUCCGCGGAAGGGUCCGCGGAAGGCUCGCGGAAGGAACGCGGAACACGCCGCGGAAGGCAUCACCAUCCAUUCCCCGAUAGGAUCCGUGAAUGGUAGCGCCUUUGCGAGCGGCCACUUCAAAGCCACCCCCGCGGGCCAACGAAAUGUGGCCAGCCACCCCGAGCCCGGGGGCGGGGCCGGAGGCCAUACACAGCUUUGGGGUGCCCGCAGCCGCCGCGACGCCCACCUCCCCAUCGGCGAUACCAUCGGCGCAGGCGUUCCCUGCAUACACAGUGCAAAGCCAGCCGCAGCAAAGUCAGCACCAGCAGGUGCCGCUGCCCGUGCAGGCACCGGCGCAUGGCCCUGUGCAAGCAGUGCCCACGACCGCCUCGCUUCCAGCGCCUUUCCCGGGCGCAGUAAUCCCGUCCGGCAUGCCGGCCGUCCCAAUGCCGAUGCACAUGCCGGUGCAAGGAGGCGCACCCGGCACUGUGGAUGGUACGCAGAUGGUCAUCAUGCAGGUCCCUGCUCCACCGCAGCAUCACCAGGCGGCCUUCUUCCCAAUGGCUCCUCCACAACCCGGUGCGCAGGUGGUCUUUAUGGCACCAGCCCAGGCUCAGUCUCCUGGUCGCAGUGGAACUACCUCAGAGCCUUCAGGUAUUUGCGGAAGGAGGUAUGGGGCGCCAUCCAGGCUGGCGAGAUUCGGCGGCCAGAUGACGGCUCUGACGACUUUCAGAGCUCUGACGAGCUGUACGGGCCCAGCAUCUACACGGUCAACAAGCAGCACAUCAUGCCGGUGACAGAGGAAGCAGGCAAGGUGAGCUGGGCUUUGAUGCGACACCCGGAUGGCUUGGACUGCGACCUGUUCAUCAGCCAUGCGUGGCAGGAGGGCGUCUUCGAGUUCCUCUCCAAGGUACUGCACUCUUGGCCUGCAGGUGCGCGACACGCCUGGUGCUGCAUGCUGGCCAACCCGCAAAACUUGGACAUUGGAGCCUUGCUGCAGUCUCCCGGCACCUCGCCUUUCGCGCUGGCCCUGCAGGCUUCGACAUACGUCCUUGUGGUGCCCAACCGCCACCGCAGCAUCUACACGAGGUUGUGGUGCGGCUACGAAGCCUACCUUGCCCACGAGGAGGGUAAGACGAUCUUCAUUGCCCGUGCCUCGAGCCGGAAGCCCAUCCUACUUGCCGCAAUGUAUGCGAUCCUGGCAGGAUUGCUUGGAGCGGUUCUUGGCGCUUGGCUGAAAGCUCGCGGUGCCAAGUUGCUGCUGUCCGCGGUAUGCAUCGCAGUUUCGGUUGCGUUCGUCAGCGCCAUGUUGAAGCAUGAUGCGUGUCGUAUGAUCCUAAACUGGGCCGGCGCACUGUGGACUGGCGUUGUGCUGUCCCAGUGGGUCACCAUUCGGGAUCCGGAGUUUUCUGGCCAGGUUCCCCAAGGGGUGCCCGCCACGGAACAGCGCUUUCUGAUCUUGGUCGGUACAUGUUUCUUCGUGCUGCAGGAGGUUGACCGCGUCAUCGGCAACUGCAGGACAAAGGAGGCCAAUCAGCUGAGCUGUGGGUUUGACGGCACCAUCGCAGAUGCAACGUGUUCAGAAGCAGCCGACAGGUCACGCAUAUUUCAGGAGAUUGGUGACAAGAUAGCCGGGGUGGACUAUGCCAUCCACGUGCUUCUUGCUGCCGGAAUGUCGACACCAAACCUUCGGGAAAUCGCACGUGCAGGUGUGGACAUUCGGGAUGCUGGCCAUGCAGAGAUUGCCGCCCCCAUCGUGGCAUUUGCACUGACCAGUUCUGUUGUUGUGGCUGACUUGUUUUAUGGCCUCUUUUGCCAACACAUCUGGUGGCAUUUUUCGCUGUUUCAAUUCAUCUCACUGCUUGCUCGGUUUGCUGUGCUCAUAAUCCUAUGGUACUCUCCCCGGGACGAGAGGUGCUUCAUAUUGAAGAUGACUUCCAAGCUGCUCAUCACAUAUCUUGUUCUCGUCGCCCCCCUCGUGGUUUUUUGGCAACUCAGGGCGGUCGAAACCGGAACGCCAAGGCCCCCCACUCGCUCCUGGUCUGUUGCACCAAUGGCGGCCUACACGUCCAUCUUUGCAUUCUCAUGUCUGGGCAUGCGACGGCUGUUGGCCCUUCCCAGUGUAGGGCCUUGCUUACUGCAGCUCCUGUUGGCUCGAGGCCAAGGCGUCUGCCGCUGCACGCCCACGCAGCGCCCGUGCGCUUUUGCUUUGCAUGAGUCUGUAACACCGGACCGAUGGUGCAUCAAUCGUUCAGACCUGAAGUACCUGUGGAAGGAGGUGAGCAGGGCCAUCCAGGCUGGCGAGAUACGGCCGCCAGAUGACGGCUCUGACGCCUUCCAGAGCUCUGACGAGCUGUACGGGCCCAGCAUCUACACGGUGAACACGCAGCACAUCAUGCCGGUGACAGAGGAAGCAGGCAAUGUGAGCUGGGCUUUGAUGCGACACCCGGAUGGCUUGGACUGCGACCUGUUCAUCAGCCAUGCGUGGCAGGAGGGCGUCUUCGAGUUCCUCUCCAAGGUGCUACACUCUUGGCCUGCAGGUGCGCGACACGCCUGGUGCUGCGUGCUGGCCAACCCGCAAAACUUGGACAUUGGAGCCUUGCUGCAGUCUCCUGGCAGCUCCCCGUUCGCGCUGGCCCUGCAGGCUUCGACAUACGUCCUGGUGGUGCCCAACCGCCACCGCAGCAUCUACACGAGGUUGUGGUGCGGCUACGAAGCCUACCGGGCCCACGAGGAGGGUAAGACGAUCUUCAUUGCCCGUGCCUCGAGCCGGAAGCCCAUCCUACUUGCCGCAGUGCAUGCGAUCCUGGCAGGAUUGCUUGGAGCGAUUCUUGGCGCUUGGCUGAAAGCUCGCGGUGCCAAGUUGCUGCUGUCCGCGGUAUGCAUCGCAGUUUCGGUUGCUUUCGUCAGCGCCAUGUUGAAGCAUGAUGCAUGUCGUAUGAUCCUAAACUGGGCCGGGGCGUUGUGGACUGGUGUUGUGCUGUCCCAGUGGGUCACCAUUCGGGAUCUGGAGUUUUCUGGCCAGGUUCCCCAAGGGGUGCCCUCCAUGGAACAGCGCUUUCUGAUCUUGGUCGGUACAUGUUUCUUCGUGCUGCAGGAGGUUGACCGCGUCAUCGGCAACUGCAGGACAAAGGAGGCCAAUCAGCUGAGCUGUGGGUUUGAAGGCACCAUCGCAGAUGCAACGUGUUCAGAAGCAGCCGACAGGUCACGUAUAUUUCAGGAGAUUGGUGACAAGAUAGCCGGGGUGGACUAUGCCAUCCACGUGCUUCUUGCCGCCGGAAUGUCGACACCAACCCUUCGGGAAAUCGCGCGUGCAGGUGUGGACAUUCGGGAUGCUGGCCAUGCAGAGAUUGCCGCCCCCAUCGUGGCAUUUGCACUGACCAGUUCUGUUGUUGUGGCUGACUUGUUUUAUGGUCUCUGUUGCCAGCACAUCCUUUGGCAUUUUUCGCUGUUUCAAUCCAUCUCACUGCUUGCUCGGUUUGCUGUGCUCAUCAUCCUAUGGUACUCUCCCCGGGACGAGAGGUGCUUCAUAUUGAAGAUGACAUCGAAGCUGCUCAUCGCAUAUCUUGUUCUCGUCGCCCCCCUCGUGGUUUUUUGGCAACUCAGGGCGGUCGAAACCGGGACACCAAGGCCCCUCGCUCGCUCUUGGUCUGUUGCACCAAUGGCGGCCUACACGUCCAUCUUUGCAUUCUCGUGUCUGGGCAUGCGACGGCUGUUGGCCCUCCCUUGGGGGCCUUGCUUGCUGCAGCUCCUGUUGGCUCGAGGCCAGGGGGUCUGCCGCUGCACGCCCACGGGCGCUGCGUGGGCGUCUGAGAGUGGCACCGAAAGCGAGGGCAACACUGACUAA